AUGGCCGCCUCCUUCCCGGCCCACCCGUCUGCCCACCAGUCUGCUCGCUCUCGUCCGUCACCUCCGCCGCUCGACCGUCGCGCUCUCUCGAAUGACUCGCGCCGCAACGAUGGUCCUGCCCCUCCAACUCCACACUACGACCAACCCACGGCCGCUCAGCAAAGCGAGGCUUUCCAACAGGCCUUGAAUACCAUCGAGGUCCAGGGCUCUUCAGACGACGACAGCUAUUCUGACUCGGGCUACGAAGAGAGUAUUAAUUCGGCCUUUCUCUCCACAUCCACCUCUAUGACCUCUUCUGUGCGCCAUUACGAUUUCGAGAACGGCCGUCGUUACCACGCCUAUCGUCAAGGCCACUACCUACUUCCCAACGAUGAUGCUGAACAAGAGCGCGAGGACAUAAAGCAUGCCACUGUCUUGAUUGUUUGCGGCGGCAAGCUGCACUUUGCGCCAGUCCCCCAGAACGCUUCAGAUACGCGCAUCCUCGACAUAGGCACCGGAACUGGCAUUUGGUGUGUCGAAAUGGGCGACCACUAUCCCUCUGCGCAGAUCACCGGCGUCGAUCUAAGUCCUAUACAACCAGAUUGGGUCCCUCCGAAUGUAAACUUCAUCGUCGACGAUAUUGCGAGUGAGUGGUUAUAUCCAGAGAACCACUUUGACAUGAUCCAUGCCCGCCAUAUGGGCGUUGCCAUCAAGGAUUGGGAUCACGUCCUUGCCUCUGCAUACACCCAUCUGAAGCCAGGCGCAUGGCUUGAGUUCUGCGAGUUUGAUUACUGGCCCAGUUGCGACGAUGGCACCAUGACUGAGGAUAAUCUUCACUUCAAAUGGCAUGUCCUUGUCACCGAAGGCAUGAUCAAAGCCGGUGUCGAUCUACAUGCUGCUUUAACACUGAAGGAUAGAAUAACCAAGGCAGGCUUCAAGAAUGUGACCGAGAGGAUAAUGAAGGUUCCUCUAGGCUCUUGGGCAAAGAAUCCUCUUCUCAAAAAGGUCGGCAGCUAUAUGCAUGCCGUCCUUUAUGACGGGCUUCAAGGCAUCUGUAUGGGUCCUCUCACGCGAGGUCUGGGCUGGUCAAGAGAUCAGGUCGAGCUCUAUCUACCUGGUGUACGAAAAGACUUGAACAACAUGAGCGUGCAUACUUAUUACAGUCUGCAUGUAAUCACUGCCCAGAAGCCAUACAAUUGA